AUGACUGUGAAAAGUUUUGACGCCCCCGAACCAGCUCACGAAAGUGUUGUUGUUGAUGGGGUUCUACAAUGGCCUUCUACCGGGAUCAAUGUUCUGGUCGUCGGAGGUGGCCCAGCAGGCUACUUGACGGCCCUUGAGUGUUGGAGAAAGGGACACAACGUCAGCAUUCUAGAGAAGAGCGAGCAGAACUCGACAAUCGGCGACGUAUUAUUCAUUGGACCUUCAGCAUGGACCACGUUGAAAUACUACCCAACCCUGCUGAAGGACUACCACGAUCACUCAUGGGACAACUUCUGCUCCUUCCGCAGGCUUGAUGGUAGCCUCAUUGCGCCGCCACAAGAAUUCGAGUACAAUCGAUCCGAUGUUCCGCACCACGCCGCCUGGCCCCUGAGAGUGAGAGGCAUGGUCAGCCGUCCAGGGCUGAACGAGAUCUUUUAUCAGCAAUGUCGACGUCUAGGCAUCCCCGUAACAUUCGGCGUGAACAUCGUUGACUACACAGAAGACUCCAAUGGCGGGCUCGCGACCGCUGUCGCUGAUGAUGGACGUACAUUCACAGCGGAUGUUGUCGUUGCUGCUGAUGGCCUGGGCACCAAGUCGCACAAAGCCGUCAUGGGCGAGGUGAUCCGGGCUGUGUCGACAGGUUUUGUCAUCUGCCGCAUCUUCUACCGUCUGGACCCAGAGAAGAACGCUGCUCUGCAUCAAAAGCUCGCGGCACUCAAGAGGCCUGACAUGAGAGCCUAUUCAGGCGAUACUUUCCACUGUGUUGUGACGGCUGCCAGUGACGGCAUAGUUGUCGGCGUCACGAUGCCAGAUGAUGGCACGGCACAAGAGUCUUGGUCUCAGACUAUCACAAGUGAGGACUUUAUCAAGCAGCUUCCCAAAACUUCCGACACAGAGCAUUGGGACCCCUUGAUCAUUGAGGCCAUCCAAAACAUUCCCGAGGAUAGCAUCGUGAAGUGGAAGUUGUGCUGGCGAGACCCUCAGACUAAGUGGACAUCCCCUGGUGGACGUAUCAUACAGCUUGGAGAUAGUGCUCACGCCUUCAUUCCGUCUUCUACCUCCGGGGCCACUACUGCACUGGAAGAUGCCCAGUCGCUGCCCGAAUGUCUUCGGCUGGCAGGAAAGGCCAAUGUUGACAUCGGGACCAAGAUUCAUGAACUCUUACGCCUUCGCCGCGCAUCAAUCCUGCAACGCCUGGGUCAUGAAAACAGGCGCGAGAUGCAUCGCUUUGGAGGCAUGGAGGAAGUCAUGAAGCACGCACCCCCUGGUGGACCAAUGGGUCUUGGUAAAUGGAUCUGGACGCACAACGCCGAAGAAUACGCGACCAAAAAGUUUGCGGAAGCGCUCGCUCACCUGGAAAACGGUGCGCCGUUUGAACACACGAACCUUCCUGAAGGGCACAAGUGGGAGCCGUGGUCUAUGCAGGAAGAACUUGAGAAGGAGAAGCAGGGAAUUAACACGCCCGAGUUGAAGCUGAAUGGAGAUUGGGGUAUCUACUAG